CUAUUAUUUGCUCUACUUAAAGGAACCUUCCAUUUCAGACGGCUUGUGGUCAGCGGUGGACCACUUAUGUAAUAACAAGCAACUCGUACUUUACGAUCAAAGACCAACCUUUAAACUGAACUGACUCAACUUUCAGCCUCUAUGGCUGAUCACGGAUCACGAUGUCUUCAGGGAGCAAGCGUUAUCAUUUUCUACUUCAUCUUGUUGUCUGGAACUCUCUUCUUCUGUGGCCCAUUAUUCUUUUACGGACUUUAUCGAUGCUUCCACUUUAGUUGGCCGCUCGGUUUUGCCUACAUAGCCUGGUGGUAUUUAGUUGAUUUGGAGACUCCUAACCGUGGAGGAAGAAGAGCAGAGUUUGUGAGAAAUAACGUUUUCUUUAGGUACAUGCGAGAUUAUUUCCCAGUCACGUUACUUAAGACCACAGAUUUAGACUCUUCCAAAAACUACAUAUUUGGUUACCAUCCUCACGGCAUGUUCCCUGAUGGCCUGGCCUUGAGCUUCGGAUCAGAAGCCUUGCAGUUCAGUAAAAUUUUUCCAGGGAUUGUUCCUUACAUUGGGGCACACUCUUGUACGUAUACCAUAAAAUUAUGAAAGUCUUCUAUUUAUCAUGUAUAUUUUUCAUUUCGGGUGGUAGCGUCAAUUCCAUGUUUUGUCACGAAACGACGUCACGUACCAACGCAACGUCAAAAAGCGUAACUUUCACUGCGUGACAUCUUAGGAAACAUUUGCGACGGAGAUCAGAUCAAGAAUAGGCUGAUCGUUUAAAACUAUGAAUAAUUUUAACCAUGUAAAAAAACGCAGUGGCUUAGCGUUACUAAAUCCCUGUAAUUUUCACUCCCUUUCCGCUUUCUUAUUCAUGUCUAAUUGAUUUUUGUUGAGUUGAUAGCUUACUCCUACCCGGAGUGAUAGCAUGCUUAACAGUCUCCCUUUCUCUAGAUGAUAAUCAGGAAAUUCAUGCCAUGAUUAAUCAUUCAAUCAAUUUUUUAAUGAUCUAUUACCUCAAUUUGCUGAUUGAUUCACUUUGUGUUGUAGUCAUGAGUAGGUCCCCAAUUUUUCGUGAAAUUGCCAUGGCUCUUGGCGUCAUAAAUGUCCAUCGUGACAGCUGCAAGUUUGUAUUGACUCAGCAAGGACCUGGACAUUCUGUUGCCAUAGCAAUUGGUGGAACAUGUGAUAUACUUAACAUGAACCGUGACUCUUAUGUCAUAACUCUUGAGAGGCGUAAGGGUUUUGUUCAGCUGGCCUUGGAGACUGGGUAAGAGGUCAAUUUUCUGUGUUAAACUGCAACAUAGGAGGUCACAAGUAUAGAGAGGUUAAGAUGCUAAUUAGCUACAGUGGGUUUGUGCAAUUUUAAAAUAAAAAGUCUGGUUAAAAAAGAGGUAAAAAUUAUUGAGCUCUGUAACUGGUUACUGGGUCUCACUCAUGGUCAGCAAAGUAAAUGAGGGGGCAGGGGGGGCUAGAACAGGCUGUCUCCUGUACCCUAAAGAUUAUGCAAAAAAAUGGUCAUGGGAAGUUUAUUCCUUAACCCCCAGAAGCUAUGAACAGCAACACUGAAUGUAUAGAAUGGUGGGCUGAUUUCACAAUUACCAAGCAUCAAAUGUGUAUGGGUCAAGCCUGAAUUUUUUUUUUCCUUUAUGAUGGUAGGGCUCAUUUAGUUCCAGUUUUUGCUUUUGGACAGAACAAUGUGAUUAGUCGUCAGCUUAAGCUGAACGGCCUCCUGACUGCUUAUCACAUUGGUCGCAGCAAAUGGGAGAAGUGGAUAAAAGUUUUCUUGAAGAGCUGUUCGGUACUGCCAUAUGCACAAUAUUGUGUAAUGCCUUAUUCCACACCCAUAACUGUUGUUGGUAAGUUGUUUUCCAUUUUAGAACCUAAAGUUACUUUGUUAUAAAUUACAGAAAAUUCAAGCAAAUUUCUAAAAUAAUGAGGUAGAGUAAACCCUUUCAACCAGCUUCCAUUACUUACUAGUAUAUGUUUCUUUAUAUAUAUAUAUAUAUAUGUAUUUAUGUAUGUAUGUAUAAAACAGACAUAUUACAGACCAACAUUGCAUUUAAUUUGACCCAGAUUAUUACUGUGUAACAUUUUUCAGUUGGAUCACCCAUCCCUGUGGAAAGAGUGGAAAAUCCAAGCAAGGAACAAAUAAAUAAACUGCAUUCUGAGUAUGCACAGAAGUUGAGGGAGUUAUUCUAUGAACAUAGGGAUUUCUGUGGAGUGCCACAGGGUACUGAGCUUGUGAUUCAGUAGCACCAGAGCUUCAGCCCACAGUCUCACUAGUGUGCCUGUACAAAGAAACUGUAAUCCAAAUUUUAUUCUUGUGAACCUUACAUGGUGAGGCAAGAAGCAGCACAAUUGAUACUGAAAAGAUGGUAAAUUAUUUUAGUGCUUCAUUCAGGGAUUUUUGAACACUUAUUCUAGAUCUGAAGACCAGCCCUGAACAACCUAACUGAUUCCAUUUCUCAACAGUUAUGUAC